UGACCGAUUAGGUCUGUCGGAGUCGCCGCACGAUUGGGCCGAGUCACAGGCACAAGAAUGCCGAGGUGGGCAGAUAUCCGCUCUACACCAGUAUUCCGUCAACCGUGCCAUCGAGUCCUGAUAAAGUCGCGUCUACAAGCGCCUGUCGCUCACCCUCACUCCCAGCACCUCGAUGAGCGCCACAGCAUCCUCCCCUGCCGCGAAGGCGUUUCCCAAGCCCAUUUGGGUACGUAGUGAUGACUGGCACACGGCAGGCGAGCCGUUCCGCAUCGUCUCUGAGCUACCGGAGCAGUGCACGACUUCUGGCGCGACAGUCAUGGAGCGCCGACUGAACAUCAUGGCGACGCCAGACCACCCCGUUGACGUGUUGCGGCGCGCGCUAUGUCUUGAGCCGCGCGGCCACGCAGACAUGUACGGCGGGUUCAUCGUGCCCGCGAACGAUGCAGGUGCGGCCUUCGGCGUGCUUUUCUGGCACAAGGACGGAUUCUCAACCGCGUGUGGGCACGGCACGAUCGCGCUCGGUUGCUGGGCGAUUGCGACGGGGCGCGUCAAGCUCCAGCAGCCCGAUGGCGUCACCGACGUCGUGAUCGACGUGCCGUCCGGACGCGUGGUCGCUGCGGUGCGCACAUGCCGCGGCCAGCCCGUGAGCGCCGAUUUCGUCAAUGUGCCCUCGUACCUUGUCGCCUCGGACAUUGGCGUUCACGUCAAAAGCAGGGGCGUCGAUGUUGUGGCUGAUCUCUCGUACGGUGGGGCGUUGUAUGGAUUCGUCAAUGUCCGCGCGCUGGGGAUGACGAUCUCACCUGCGGCACAUGACGAAUAUGUCGCACUGGGGCGCGAAAUUAAGGCUGCGCUCAAGGUUUCGGCUGCCCAACAUCGCCACAACUACCUGUACGGCGUGUGCUUCUACGAGCCUCUCACCGAGGAUCGGGACGAGUUGCACCAGCGGAAUGUGGUUGUGUACGCUGAGGGCGCGGUGGACCGCUCGCCGUGCGGGUCGGGGACUGCGGCACGGACGGCGAUGUUGCUUGCACAGGGUAAGCUCGGCGUUGGCAAAGGUCGCUUGCAUCACACCUCCAUCAUCAACACGAUCUUCAUCGCUCGCGUGGACUCCGAGGUACCGAGUCCGACAGCCUUUCCAGCUUGCAUCCCGCGCAUCACCGGCAUGGCCCACCUCAUGGGCCGCAGUGAGUACUACCUCGACUGUGCCGACCCCACUUUCCCCGGGUUCGUUUUCCGUCCAGAAUAAUCAGAUACGAUGUACUACAGUUUAUGCUUCAGUUUACAGCACCCAGGUGAACGCCCGCCGCAGACGUCCGCGGAUACCAGGCUUGUCUGGCUCGUCAUCCGCGGCCGUGUACACGUCCGUGACAAGGUCCAUCUCCUCAAGGCGCACAAAACGUGUGCCCUUGAUCCAUUUCCACGCGACGAACAUGACCAGCAUGAUAGGCAGCUCAAUGUAGAAGCUGACAAAGUCGACGGGGCUGAACUUGGGGCUGAAGCAGCUCCAGCCUUGAACAAGCACGAGGACCGAGCCGAGUAUGACGCUAAUCCACGGGCCAAGCGGAUACGUCCAGUUCUUGAAAGGGAGGAGGUGUGUCUUGCCCUGCCGAUCCAGUGCACGGCGGAAGCGA